AUGGCCCCCUACUUUGGCCUGCGCGGCUCGGCCCUGAGCCGCGCCAUCAUCGCCCUCGUCGUCUGCCCGGCGUUUGUUACGUACGGUUACAACCUCAGCGUCGCCGGCGGGCUCUUGACCCUAGACGCUUUUGUCGAGAGCUUCCCGCAGCUCGACACUAUUAACACCGAGGGCGACGAGCAGCACUACAACUCUACGAUUCAGGGCACCGUUGUCGCGCUCUUCACUGUCGGUGGCAUGUUCGGCUCCCUCUCGUGCAUUUAUCUCGGCGACCUGCUCGGCCGCAAGCGUGUCAUCCAGCUCGCCUCAUCCAUCACCAUCGUCGGCGCCAUCCUCAUGGCCACGUCUUUUCACCUCGCGCAAUUCAUCAUCGCCCGAAUCGUCCUGGGCCUGGGCACAGGCGGCUACCUCGCCACGGUGCCCGUCUGGCAGGCCGAGAUCUCCAAGGCGACCAAGCGCGGCGCGCACGUCGUGACGGACGGCAUCUUCAUCGGCGCGGGUGUCUCGCUGGCCCUGUGGGUCGACUUUGGCUUCUACUUUGUCACCGGCAGCUCCGUCUCCUGGCGCUUCCCCCUGGCCUUUCAGGUUGCGAUGCUGCUCGUCGUCGUGGUCUUCAUGUCCAUCUUCCCAGAGUCGCCCCGCUGGCUCGUCAAGAAGGGCCGCCUGGACGAGGCGCGUGCCAUUCUCUCGGCGUUCAACGACGACGACCCCAACUCCGAUGCCAUUGCCAGCGAGAUUCAUGACAUCCAGCUUUCGCUCUCGCAAUGCGGCACGCUCUCUUGGAAGGCUAUGCUGUCGAUGGGCGAGCAGCGCCUCUUCCACCGCACUGUCCUCGCCGCUGGCGGCCAGGUCUUCCAGCAAAUGUGCGGCAUCAACCUCAUUUCCAUGUACGCCACCACCAUUUUCGAGAUCUACCUCGGCCUCGACCCUACAAAGUCUCGUAUCCUGGCCGCCGCGAUGGCUUUGACGCAGCCCUUUGGUGGCUUCCUAGCCUUCUUCACCAUCGACAGACUCGGCCGCCGGCCCCUUAUGUUGUGGAGUGCCGCUGGUAUGGCCGUCUCCAUGGCCGUUCUCGCUGGCACCACCUCGGCACAGAAUAACCAGUCCGCCGUCAUUGUUGCGGCCGUCUUCCUCUUCGUCUUCCAGUUCAUCUACACGGUUGGCUACUCCGGCCUCACGUUCCUUUAUGCGACUGAAGUUGCCCCCCUGCAGCUGCGAGCAGCCAUCAGCGCCGUGUCGACGACCGCGGUGUGGGCCUUCAACUUCCUGCUGGCCGAGGUGACGCCCGUGGGCUUCAACACCAUCUCGUACCGCUACUACAUCAUCUUCGCGGUGCUCAACGCGGCCAUCGUCCCGACCGUCUACUUCUUCUUCCCGGAGACCAACGGCCGCUCGCUCGAGGAGAUUGACGAAGUCUUCCUCCACUCCAAGACCAUUUGGGAUCCGCCGCGCAUCGCGCGCACGCUGCCCCAGAUGAGACUUCAGGACGCCAUGGAGCCGAAUAGCUCCGAGGAGGACAAGGCUUCCAAGGCGCAGCAUGUCGCUUAG